UGGAUUGUAUUGUAGAGACUUUUGAAUGACAACUGCCUAUGCAGACCUAUUAAAUAUGAUCUUACACUUGCCCACAUUUAACCUUCAGUAUAUAAUAAACUCUUUUUACUGUUUCAUAAUAGUACCUUUCACAACCCUAAGUGUUGAUCCCUGCUACACCUACACCAGUCUGGAUGAGUCUUGGAGAGCCACUGACAACUAUUACUAUAAUAAUAAUUCCUACUAUGGCAUGUGUGAUUAUAAUGUGGAGUGGAAUGGCUGGUACAGGCUGUUCUACAAUGGUGAAAAUGCCCAGAUGCCAGAAUCAUGUGUUAAUUAUGGCAUGUGUGGCACUUAUCACCCACUGUCGCUCAACGGUCCUCACCCACAGCCAGAAGAUGGAGUGGUCACCCGUCAGGUCUGUACUUCCAUAUGGAGUGACUGCUGUGAUUACACAUCCCACCCUAUACGAGUCAAAUCCUGUCCUGGAAAUUACUACGUUUAUGAGUUUGUCAAGCCUUUUUUUUGCGGAGCAUACUGUGCAGAAGCCACGAGUCACAACACAUCAGUGUCUGCAACAACAGAGACAAUUUCAUCCAUCGAAUCCAUUACUCCACCAAUCACAACCACUGCUCCCCCUGUUGACCCCUGCUACAACUACAAUGUCCUGGAUGAUUCAUGGAGAUCCACCAACAAUCAACAUUCCUCUCAACUAAUGUGUGAUGCUGUGGUCAGCUGGAGAGGCUGGUACCGUCUCUUCAUUCAGGAUCAGAGCGUUCAGAUGCCAGACACAUGUGUUGAAGAGUAUAGUUGUGGCACUAAUGCUCCACUCUGGCUGAACGGAGGACAUCCAACAGUUGAGGAUGGAGUGGUCACUCGAGAUGUCUGCGGUCACUGGGACAAUAACUGCUGCCAUUUCCAAUCCAACCCCAUUAAAGUCAAAGCCUGUCCAGGAGAUUAUUAUGUCUAUGAGUUUGUGAGUCCAACUGCCUGCCAUUUGGCAUACUGUGCAGAUACAAGGAACAUAAACACUACCUCUACUACUGUAAUGCCAGAAACAACCACAGAAACUACAACGACUGCACUAUACAGCACAGAAACUACAACGUCCAACUCUGAUCCAUGCUAUGACUAUACCACUCUUGAUGAAUACUGGAGAGACAUACGGCAAAGCUCAUAUCAGUACAAUGGCCAUGAUGACACCCUUGUUGAAUGGAGUGGCUGGUAUCGUCUGUAUCUGAAUGGAGAAAGUGCCCAGAUGUCUGAGUGGUGUGUGAGUUAUAUGAGAUGUGGUGGUGAAACUGGACUGUAUCUCAACGGCUCUCAUCCAACACUUGAAGAUGGAGUGGUGACCCGUGAUGUCUUGGGAACUUACAUAUGGUCUAAUGAGUGUGGCAACUACAGAUCCAACUCAAUCCAAGUCAAAGCCUGUCCAGGAGAUUAUUACGUCUAUAAACUUGUCAAGCCAGAUGUGUCAAUCUACAGCCCUUCAUAUUGUGCAGUUGCUUUCAGCAACAUCAGCAGUGAUCCCUGCUACAACUAUGAGUCUCUGGAUCGUCCCUGGAGAGCCAACAAUGAAAGUGGAGACUGGAUUUGUGAUGAAUCUUUCUCCUGGAAUGGCUGGUACCGGCUUUUCUACUAUGGAAUGAACAUCCAGAUGUCAGAGACCUGUAUUAGUUCAUACACCUGUAACACAGAAUAUAAUCUGUGGCUCAAUGGUCCUCAUCCUGAGAUAGAGGAUGGAGUGGUGGCCAGAGAGGUCUGUAUGGGGUCUUAUUGGAGCGGCUGCUGUAAUUACAAAUCAAAACCCAUCAGAGUGAAAGUGUGUCCAGGCAAUUACUAUGUCUAUGAACUUGUGAAACCACAAAUCUCGUGUUCAGGAUACUGCACAGAUGUCAGCACUAUUUCACAGGUGGUUUCCACUGUGAGUCCAGAAAUAAUCACUGGAUCCAGCAUCACCUUGAAUUAUGACCCGUGCAAUAACUACAACAUACUGGACAACCACUGGAGAAGCACACUCAAUUACUGGUAUUGGUAUGGCUAUAUAAAUGAUCAUGAUGACACUCGUGUUGAAUGGGAUGGCUGGUAUCGACUCUUCAUUAAUGAGUCGAAUGCUCAGAUGCCUGAGGGAUGUGCGUCUUACAUGUCAUGUGGAGGUUAUAGUUCUCUGUGGCUUGGUGGCUCUCAUCCUCAGCUAGAAGAUGGUGUUGUUACUCGUGAAAUUUAUGGCUCUCGCUAUCAUCAGUGCAGUUACUACAGAUCCGAACCAAUCCAAGUCAAAGCUUGUCCUGGAGAUUAUUAUGUCUACAAAUUUACCAGACCAACUCUUUCGAUCCCAGCUCCUGUAUACUGUGCAGUACCUUUCACAACCCUAAGUGUUGAUCCCUGCUACACCUACACCAGUCUGGAUGAGUUGAGAGCCACUGACAACUAUUACUAUAAUAAUAAUUCCUACUAUGGCAUGUGUGAUUAUAAUGUGGAGUGGAAUGGCUGGUACAGGCUGUUCUACAAUGGUGAAAAUGCCCAGAUGCCAGAAUCAUGUGUUAAUUAUGGCAUGUGUGGCACUUAUCACCCACUGUCGCUCAACGGUCCUCACCCACAGCCAGAAGAUGGAGUGGUCACCCGUCAGGUCUGUACUUCCAUAUGGAGUGACUGCUGUGAUUACACAUCCCACCCUAUACGAGUCAAAGCCUGUCCUGGAAAUUACUACGUUUAUGAGUUUGUCAAGCCUUUUUUUUGCGGAGCAUACUGUGCAGAAGCCACGAGUCACAACACAUCAGUGUCUGCAACAACAGAGACAAUUUCAUCCAUCGAAUCCAUUACUCCACCAAUCACAACCACUGCUCCCCCUGUUGACCCCUGCUACAACUACAAUGUCCUGGAUGAUUCAUGGAGAUCCACCAACAAUCAACAUUCCUCUCAAAUAAUGUGUGACGCUUGGUUCAGCUGGAGCGGCUGGUACCGUCUCUUCAUUCAGGAUCAGAGCGUUCAGAUGCCUGACACAUGUGUUGAAGAGUAUAGUUGUGGCACUCAUGCUCCACUCUGGCUGAACGGAGGACAUCCAACAGUUGAGGAUGGAGUGGUCACUCGAGAUGUCUGCGGUCACUGGGACAAUAACUGCUGCCAUUUCCAAUCCAACCCCAUUAAAGUCAAAGCCUGUCCAGGAGAUUAUUAUGUCUAUGAGUUUGUGAGUCCAACUGCCUGCCAUUUGGCAUACUGUGCAGAUGCAAGGAACAUAAACACUACCUCUACUACUGUAAUGCCAGAGACAACCACAGAAACUACAACGACUGUUAACAGAAAUCCCUGUUCUGAACUCAGCUGCUCUGAGGAUGAAAGGUGCGGGAUGAUAAAUGGUGUUUACGGCUGUUUGUGUGAAAAUGACCAUCACAGAAGACAGCAACGUCAUGACUCUUUCGAUUUCUCAGAAACCUGUGAAAGCAGCUCUGGCUCCAUGUCUGUGUCUCGCUGUCAGCUCUUUGAGGCUGGUUUUCCAGCAGACGUCUUACACCUCAAUGAUCCCAGCUGCAAAGGAACGGUCCGGAAUGGCAGAGUGGAAUUCCAUUUUGAUAACGAUGAACACAUCUGUGGUACAAUUCUUGUGGCCAACGGCACCCACAUCAUCUACAGUAACUUUAUUCUGGGGACACCGAGGUCAGAAGGUCUCAUCAGCAGAGAGAAAAUCCUUAAGCUUUCUUUCAGCUGCAUUUAUCCUCAAACACAAACUUUUUCUAUGAAUGCGGAAAUCAACCCACUGGAGAGCAUUGUGCACGAGACCCUCCCCUCUGGUGAAGGCAGAUAUCAGGUUCGGAUGACUCCAUAUGAGGAUGAUGAGUUUACCCGGCCCUUCACUGGUAGAGUGGAUGCAGAGCUCGAGCAGAAGAUGAAUGUGGAAGUUCGUGUUGAGGGGGUUGACAGCCGUCAGUUUGCCCUGGUGAUGGACACGUGUUGGGCUACACCUGUGAAUGAUCCUGAUUACAGUCUCCGCUGGGAUCUCAUCGUCACAGAGUGUCCCAAUCCAAAUGAUGACUCAGUGGAGCUGCUGCAGAACGGUGUCUCGACAUCCAGCCGUUUCUCCUUCAGGAUGUUCAUCUUCACUGAAAACUCCACUAAGCUUUACCUGCACUGUGCUGUUCACCUUUGCCUUCUGUCAAGCAAUCACUGUUCAUUAGACUGUAACUCUGAACACCAUCGGAGAGAGCGCAGGUCUCUGGACUUCCAUCACAGUGCUUCUAUAUCCAUGGGUCCUCUGAUGUUGUCUGAAGGGAACACAGAUAAGUGGGUCCCAGAGCAAGUGAAAGUGUCUGAGGCUUCUUGUCUGUGUGCUUCUCUGAUGCUGUUACUUGUUCCUCUGAUGAGUGUCCUGACUCUCUUUUAGUAUACACACACACACACACACACACACACACAUGUCUGGUUUACUAUCCUUGCGGGGACUCUCCAUAGGCGUAAUGCUUUUUCUACUGUACAGACCGUUUAUUCUAUUGCCCUACACCAACUCUACACCUAAACCUACCCCUUACAGGAAACUUUCUGCAUUUUUAGAUUUUCAAAAUACUUCAUUCUGUGUGAUUUAUUAGCUUGUUUACCCGUGGGGACCUCAAUUUAGUGACACGAGUCCCCAUGAGUCUGUGUGUAUUCAGGUUUAAGUCCCCACCUGAAUAGAAAAACAGGUGUACACACACACACACACACACACACACACACACACAAAAGGAGAUCUUAUUAUGGAAUUUUAAUGAAUGUGGUACUGAUGCCACGCUGGAGUUUCUUAUUGUUACCUUAUUUCAUGUGGACAUUGUCUAUUUUCCUAUACACAUUAAACAAUAUUGAAUCAUUUACACAAAUUGUUAUAUAGUACAUUCAUCUUAUUUUACUAAAAAAAAAAUUUAAAAAAUUCUACAGCAACAAAGGCAAUCAGAUUCAUGUUUAUUCAAGUAAUGUGAAAAAAAAAAGAUUAAAAGUUCCAUUCAUGAUG